GUUUGUCGGAUUUCCAGGGGAGUUAGUCCCGUGCGGUGAGCAUUUUCUGAUAACGUGGGGUGUGCGGCUUUCUAAAUCACCGGUCAGCAGAAGGAAGCCUUUAAAGAGCGUGCACGAUGGACGGUAAAGAAUCAAUUCUAGAAUCUAUGUUCUUGAAUUAAUCAGAAACUGUCAAUCUGAGAGGAUACUUAUGGCAGCGGAAAGUAUUAUCCGGUCCAAGCAGACUACAGAGAUUGUUGAUGGAAUCCUGACUGAGGUUGUGUGCACACUGUUCAGCGAUCAUAUCUUUGUGGUGGUCACGCAGUAUGGCAAAAUGGGAACAUUGAUCUCUGUUGCACCACAUUGUGUGGCAAAUGAAAUCAGCAAACCCACACUUAGCACAAAGAUCCUCAUGGGAAAGGAUGAGCCUCUAAUCCAUGUUUAUGCAAAGCACCUUGUGACUUUUGUGUCUGAGGAGUCUGGGAACAAACCAGUGCUACUUGCGUUGGCCCUCAAGGAUGCAAAUUUGGAGAGUAUUAAAUCUAUCAAAAAAUUGAUUCAGAGUUGCCGACUCUGGUGAAAUUUCCUAGUUAGACAGCAGGGCUGAGACUAACUAAUUUUUGUAAAAAUCUGCUGUGACUUCUCCAUUCAUGGGCAACAAUGUCACAACACAGUUUUCUACUUGAACGGAUGUUAUUGAAUGGAAAUAAGAAGAGUAGCUCGAUGAUGGAUGGCCAUUGAACUGGGAAGCUCAUGUUUGUACUUAAUUGAGGAACAUCAUUGCAACAUUUUAAGACUCCACAAACUCCCAAGGCAAUAGAUACCUGAUUUUUAAUUUAGACUUAUAAUUGGAUAUUGAAAGUACAGUAGGACACUGGUAAAGGGAGAAUGACUGGCUAGAUUUUGCAUUCUGCUCUUGGAUGUACAGAGGCAAAGAAUUAGUGGAAAUAUUGGGAAAUGUAUUGGAAUAAAAGCUUAUGAAAA